CGAUGUAUAUUGCACAUCGCUUCGGAAUCGAAUAUCUAUGGAUUGAUCGACUGUGCAUUUUCCAGGACUCCCGCGAAGACUGGCGCAGGGAAGCUGGUACCAUGCAAGACGUUUAUCGAAAUGCGCUAUUCUGCAUCUCCGCACUCGGCGCCGAAAACGACGAAGGUGGCUGCUUCUUCCCGCGCGACCCGUCGUUAAUUGCCCCUUUGGCUGUCGACAUACGACAACGGGGAGCUUUUUCGAGCCGAGCUGGAGGACACGGCGUGGGGUGCAGCAUUCCAAGACGAACCCCUCAUCCGCCGAGCGUGGGUUUUGCAGGAAAGGCUUAUGGCCCCUCGCACUAUAUAUUUCGGGAGGAAACAGGUGUUUUGGGAAUGUGCAGAAUCCCAUGCCUGCGAGACGCAUCCGAAUGGUUUCGGCGGAUUUCGUCCGCCUGUAAUUCCUUCGUCAAGGAGCAACACGAAAAGCUCGACGAUAUUGACUACCUCCCGCUGUCGCGGCUGCUUAUUGCUGUAUCUAUCGCUCCUUGCAAAACACGGGACUUAUUGACACGGAUCCUUGCCGACUGGAGUGCUAUUGUAAGCUUGUAUUCAAACACCAAGCUCACUUUGCCAAGAGAUAAACUGGUGGCUGUAUCCGGGCUGGCGAAGGAUACCAGAAAAGCUCUCCAGCGUCUUGAACCGGGGAAACAUAAGUACUUAGCCGGCCUCUGGGAAGAUCAUUUGAUAGAGACAUUGUGUUGGUACGUUAGAGUCGGUACCCCUGCGACCCGGGCGGGUUCUUACCGCGCGCCCUCGUGGUCUUGGGCCAGUCUCGAUGGCUAUCUCGACAUUCCGAAUACAUUUGCCGAAAAAGUGGUUGAACUCAGUACGAUAUUAUCCAGUGAUAUCGAAUUUAUUGGCCCCGACGGUACUGGGGAAGUAGCUGAUGGUAUAUUGGUAUUGCACGGACCGGUGUGCUUUAUCGAUGCCCACGUAUUAACGCGCAAUCAGUACGCUGUAAAAGCGUUUAGAUUGUUCGAUACUUCCCAGGUGGUUGAAAUAACGGCCGAUAAGAACUGGCAGCAUCAGCCAACAGUCAUCUUUGAUACGCCAGACGACUUCUGUGACGAGGUUGUGUGUAUAUGGGCCACGGCUCAACCGACGGUUUUAGGAGGAUGGCAGGUGUCCGGCUUGGCGUUGAAAUCUUCUGGAAACGAUACUUUCCUGAGAGUUGGCGUUGUUUCGUCGUAUUAUAGGAGCCAAGCUGAUUUGGUGUCAUGUAUGGGCCUGUUCGCUCCAAGGGAAGUGAGGAUCCUCUAAUUCGUAGCUUAGGCACUACGACUGAGAUAGACAUAUCAUAUGUUUUGUUAGCCAGCAAACCUCGUGGAGAUAUCUUACAGGUUACCUUAGGUAGAAAGCCUGCUUGUGAGUACUUCCAGUCAAGGCAUGAAUUAUCUCUCCAACAGCGUGUUCAAUAGACGAUCCCUGUGUUCUUAUCAAGUAUCUUUUCAGAUUAACUCUCUAUAUUCGACACUAGCGUAGCUUUGUUAAUUAGGUACCUUUCAUCAAUAAUACGGUGGUAUUGUCUGCUGGAGCUAGGU